UCGAAAGAGGAAGGAUUGAAUUAUUGUGAAGAAACUAUUCAGACGAUUAAGAUAAUAACAAUUGAUUGAAUCUUUCAAAUUUUAUAUUUAGAAGAAAGAAAUAUUUCGACCGAAAGAAAAAAUGAGGGAAUUUAUCUUUACGUGGAGUAUUGAAAACAUCAGUUACUCCUGGCACAAUGCAGGGGAAAUGAUAGUCAGCCCGGCAUUCAUCGCAAGCCCAUUGCAGGACACUUGUUGGGUUUUAAGUUUGUAUCCCAGAGGAAACAGGAACAGUGAUUAUUUAAGUCUGUUUCUAUACAGAGAAAAGGAUAGUGGUCCCGAAAACAUAGCAAUUAAUUAUGAAUUCUCGUGCAUAUCUGCUGACACAUCGGUAUUAUGCACUUGUUUCGUUCCAGAAUCGUAUAUGACAUUUGUAAGAGGUAGAACUCAUGGGUUUGGAGAGUCACAUUUUAUAAAGCGAUGUGAACUGUUUGGUCGAAAAAAGAAUUUGCAAAACGACAUCCUGACUUUGCGCUGUAGAAUGUGGAAAGAUGAAGGAGAUACUGAUGAAUUCAGUCACAUUUUUGGACGUACUCGACUUAUAACAGAGCGCAUCGUGUCAACUGAACCUUUCUGUCCUGAGAAAUCAACGGAAAAGAUUUUUUACAUUUAUUCAAAACUCCAAAAUAAAGCAUUGUUCUCUGUAAGCAUAUCUUAUUAUGGUGAUAGAGUAGAUUUAACAAUAAAUCCAAUUAAUGAAGGGAAAGUGAUGUCUUCUACUUGCAAAAUAACUAUUGGGGACCCAAAAACGGGCAGUACGCUAUACGAACACAAAUGCUGUUUCUUUAAAUAUCUGAAUUCAGAAACGUGGCGAUUGCCACUUUUUUACAAGGUACCACCAGAAGAAAAUGGCAGUUCAGAUGCAAAUGAAUUUGAAUUUAAAACCGAGUUUAUCUAUUCAACAGGAGAUGAGUAUAAAACGAUUGAGAAAAAUUGUACACCAAGAAUUCCAGAAUUCCUUUCGAAUUAUCUAACAAGUUGUUACCCCGGUAGAAAAGAAACCGACUGCCCAAGUAUCUGCAAGGAACUGUGGAAUUUAUACCUCGAAAAAUCACUUUGUGAUGUGGAACUGAAAACUGAAAAGAAAUCUUUAUUCGUCCAUAAAUUUGUACUGUGUGCCCGCUCCCCUGUGUUUUUAGCCAUGUUGACAAGUGAGAUGAAAGAAAACAUAACGAAAUACAUUGAGAUCGAGGAUAUUUCGGUUGAAUCCUUGGAGAAAUUUCUUAUUUUUCUUUACACCGAUGCUUUUGAGGACAUCGAAUGGGACACAGUCUUUGAGCUUUAUUAUGCAGCUGAUAAAUAUCAAGUAGAACGGCUGAAACUUUUAUGUAGUUCCUAUUUAGUGGAGAAUGUUGAUUGUGACAGCGUUUGUGAAUUGUUGACUUUAGCUGAUAGACAUCAUGACUGUACAUUGAAACGAAAAGUGGAUGAUUUUAUAUGGAAAAACGAAAGCGAAGUAUUCAAAUCCACAUCGCGGAAAAAGUAUGCUUCUGAGGAUAAAGAUAUAGCUUUGAGUACAAUGCUUUCGAAAUAUGAAGAUAACGAAAGUGACAGAUCUGCCAAAACAUUUGAGGAGAUCUUAUCCAACCAUCCUGAUGUACUGCAUGAUUUUGAAUCCCUUUAUAAAAGUCAAAGCACCAGCGAUAUUGUCAUCAAGACGCCAAGUUCUUCAUUCCCUGCCCACAAGACUGUCCUUUUUGCUAGUUCCUCUAUUUUCAAGGAUAUGUUCACCAGGACAUGUUUGAAAAGCAAAUCAGCCGAUUUCUUCGAGAUUGAAGACUUGGAAGACAGCAUAGUAUCUCGAAUGUUGCUUUUUCUGUACACAGAUUCUUUAGAAGAUAUUGAGUGGGACAUUGCAGUGAAGUUGUACCAUGCAGCAGACAUGUUCCAAAUACAGCGAUUGAAGUUUGGGUGUUCAUGUUUCUUGCUGAAAAACCUCAGAGUAUCCAGUGUUGUCGAUCUUCUGAUGUUGUCGCAUGAAAAACGUGACGUGAAGUUCAAGGCAGCUGUGGAAGAUUACAUUUCAUUAUAUGAUGAAGAAGUUUUUGGGUCCGAUGAAUGGUCUGCUUUUUGUAAAAAGAAUUCCAGCCUAGCACUUGAAAUAAUGCUUUCAAAAUAUAAAAGAAUAUGA